AUACCUGGCUCGCCUUUACAUUAGCGUAGAUCCUAACGGAGAACCACGAGGGGGUUCGGCGGAAAAGUGCCUCCGCCCAUUCUCUUCUUUCUUUCCUGGUCUUCUGUCGAACGGUGGCGGCGGCGGUCUCCUCGCCGUGCCGGCUCGGGCAUCAAUUUGUACGCCCUACCUACCUGAUCCAGCGGUAGAUGAUUGGUUCAAGUCAUGGAUGGGAACAAAGAUGAGGCCUUAAGGUCUGUCAAGCUUGCACAAACUGCACUUGCAUCUGGAGAUAGACAACGAGCAGACAAGUUCAUUCGAAUUGCCCAAAGAUUGGAUCCCAGCCUUCCGAUUGUUGAUUUGUUGUCCACAAACAAGAAGUUUGAUCCCCUGAAUGGUACUCCUUGCCAAGAGAAGUCCAGAAGAGGCCAAGUUCGUGGAAAUCUAGAAACGCCAAAAGAAUAUGUUGGUGCUUCAAAUGUUGAUAAGGGUUACACAGAGGAGAAUGAUAGAGUGGUCCGGGAUAUCAGAAAGAACAAGGACUACUAUGCAAUUCUUGGAGUGGAGAAGAAUUGCUCAGUGGAGGAGAUUAGGAAGGCCUAUCGGAGGUUGUCACUGAAAAUUCAUCCUGACAAGAACAAGGCUCCUGGAGCAGAGGAUGCAUUCAAGAUGGUGAGCAAGGCUUUCAAGUGCCUAAGCAAUGAUCAGUCUCGGAAGACCUAUGAUCAGACAGGCGCCCUUGAGGGCCAUGAUUUGAACAAUCAAUAUUCCAAUGUCAUGAGGCAGAGAGCUGCUAGGCGAAGGAGGCAAGCAAGAAAUAGCUUCUAUAACUAUGAAGAAGACUUAGAUCCAGAUGAGAUAUUCAGGUCCUUCUUCUAUGAUACUCGUGAUAAUUCGUUCCGUGCGCACAAUGCCUACAGAGCAAGAGGAACAGAUAGGCAGGAGCAGCCGAGAAGGGAGCAUUCGGUACAGGGUGGAUCAGUCAUAAAUUUAACAAUACUGGUACACCUUGCGGUGAUAUUACUCUUUGUCUUGUUUGCAUUCAUUCCAGUACGGCAGCCUGAGUAUGCCCUGCAUAAGACAUACAACUUUCCCAUGUCAAAAGUCACUGAAAAGCAUGGUGUGGAGUACUUUGUCAGCAAACAAGACUUUGAUCUACAAUUUCCACGAGGAAGUCCUUCUAGAGAUAAUCUCGAAGAGUACGUUUUCAGAGACUAUAAGACUCUGAUAGGAAGACACUGUAGUGUGGAACUCCAACGGCGCAAAUGGGCUAAGGACUACCCUACACCUCACUGUGACAAGCUACGGAACCUUGCUGUGGCAUAAUAGUGUUCAUAUGGUGAUUAGUUAGUUCUCUCCUUUUCAUUCGUGGCAGAGAUCUGCUCUCUUUGAAGUUCAAGUUUGCAUUUCCAUUUUUCAUCAAGGGCAUCCAUUAUCUCCAGCACUUGCAGAAUGAUCUUACACAGCAAGAUUUUCUGGAAUGGGAUGAGCAUUAUGGUUUCUCGUCUGUCUGGCGCCCUACCUUGUAUAACGUUCAAAUGAAACAAUUUCGUGCAUGAUGAUAUGGACUAGUAAGUAAAUCGUCUACUACAUGAAGAGGUUUGAUGGCCAGCGGCAAACCUAUUGAAGUAGAACUGGCUGGUCUCCAGCCUCUUAUUUUUCAGAAGCACAGCUACCUCCGGUUAUGAGUGCAAAAUUUUAUACAGAUUAUUAACAAGUUGCUGAGUGCAAAUUUCUGUACAGAUUUAGACUUCCAAAAGUGGUUGGCGAUUCCAGAAUGGCAUUGUACUGCUUGGAAAUUGAAACUACUGUAGAGUUAAAUUCUGGGCGUUGGUUGUAUCUGUUGCUCUCAAAAUCCUUGAAAGGAAAACAGAAAUGUGAAACGCCUGUUGUCACAUUGGUUCUGUUUGAUGUUUGUGCUUUUGAUUUGCUGGAGCUCUA